UUAGACACUAAAAAUUAAAUAUAAUUAUUUUAAAUUUUCUUACAAUAUAACUAUACUAUAUAUACUAUCGAAAGAUAUUGUAUUCUUUGAUAGUAUUGUUUCAUCAUCGCGUUAAGUACAUACUAUCGUCCAAUGGUGGUCCCAGUGGUUACAAAAAUGAUGCUAGAUAAAAAAGGGGACUUGUUGUUACUUUGGAAAUCACUCUUAAAUAUAUCCCCUGCAGGUAUACCAACUUUACUUUCAUUUUUUUCCACGUUCGCUUGUGCCUUGAAUUUAUUGAUGCGCAUGCGUAUAACAUAUCUCCCGCUCAUGAUGUCAACGGACAAACAAAAAGUUCUAUGCCAACUUUUCUGCGGUGCCUCAUAGUUGGUGUCAUUAAAUCAACAUGGUUGGCUUAAAUGAAAUCGAUAAUAAAGUGAAAACAUGCGCAUUUUUUGGUAUCGCUUCUUGUGAUUCUGUACUUAAUAGUUUGAUGAAAUAAAGUAUCUGAAAAGUACACUUUUUCAAAUCUAGUUCAGUACUUAGCCACAGGUGUUGUAAAAACUUGAUGUGGAAAAUUACAUUGCACUUUCGCUCUAUCUAAUCUUCUUUGUUUAGAGUCUCUUUUAUUAAACAUAAAUAAUAUAUCUGAAUUAAUAUUUAAUAUUUUUAUUAAGCAAAGUAAAUUAUCGACUAUAAUUUAUUGAUAAGUAAAAUUAUGCAAAAUGUUGUAUCGCUUAAUGAAUCAAUGUAUGCGAGUAUUGCCGCACAAAAUAAAUCAUUUCAAGAUAGACACAAGAUUUUUAUGUGAAAUACCUUCAGUAAAAGAAGAAAAACAAACUCCAGAAUUAAAUUCUACAAUUAAAGAUGAAAAGUUAACAAAAAAGAGAUAUCCUGAAUAUGAAAUAAUUUAUAAAUAUCCUUACAUAAAAUAUGUAAGUUUAUUUCAUAUAUUUAAACGAGGUUUGAUGCUACAAACUGUUGCUACAGUGCCGAUAAUGUUUCUAUUAUAUCAAGGAAACAUUAUAUCAAAAGAUAUAGCUUUCUUUAUACCACUUAUUGCAAGUUCAUUUGCGAUAUCAGUGUUUAUAGUUGGAGCAUUAUUUACUAAUCAAAUUGGUAUCAUAUAUUAUAAAGAUGGUGAUUUUAUAAAGAUUGCAUAUGUCAAUCAGUGGGGUAGAAGAAUAGACAUUGAUACUAAGAUUAGGGACAUUAAACCCCUUAAUAGUCCUGCUUUCUUAAUAAUUUUUAGAAAUGUACACAUCACUUCACUUACGUUUCCAUUAAAACUAUAUGUGAAUCACAGUGUAAUUAGUAACAAAGAACAACUUGUAAGUAUAUUAGGUGAUUAUGAAUAAUAUCACCAUAUUUAGAUUUUCCUAUUUAAUGAUUAAAUAUACAUGUUAUAAUAUUUAAUUAUAUUUGUUUUACAAACGCAA